CCAGGAAGUUCAUUUCAGAGAAAACAAACAAAACUCGUAGCCUCUCUCUCUCUUCCUCUCUCUCACAGACACACACACAGAGCCAUAAAUAUGGCAGAAGCCAGUAUUUCAGUAAAUCAGGAUCAGUUCAUCUGUGCAGUGUGUCUGGAUCUCCUGAAGGAACCGACUAUUCACUGUGGACACAGUUUCUGUAAAGUGUGUAUUAAUAGUCACUGGAAUCAGGAGGACAUGAAGAGCAUCUACAGCUGUCCCCAGUGUAGAGAAACUUUCACUCCAAGGCCUGUUCUACGCAGGAACAACAUGCUGGUUGAAGUGGUGGAGAAACUGAAGAACACUGAACUCCAAGCUGCUUCUCCUGUUCACUAUUACACUGGACCUGGAGAUGUGGACUGUGAUUCCUGCACCGGGAGAAAACACAAAGCCGUCAAGUCCUGUCUGGUGUGUCUGGCCUCCUUUUGUGAAGAUCAUCUUAAACCUCACUAUCAGUCUCAGGCUUUCAAGAAGCACAAGUUAGUUGAAGCCUGUGUAGAUCUCCAAGAGAAGAUCUGCUCUCAGCACGACAAACUGAUGGAGAUCUACUGCCGUACUGACCAAAGCUUCAUCUGUUACUUAUGUAUGACGGAUGAACAUAAAGGCCAUGAUACAGUUUCAACUACUGCAGAAAGAAGUAAAAAACAGAAUGAACUGAAGGAGGAGCAGAUUAAAUCCCAGCAGAAGAUCCAGGAGAAGCAGAAGAAGGUGCAGGAGCUGAAACAGACUGUGGACAAUAUUAAGAAGCGUUCACAGGCAGCAGUAGAUGAUAAUGAGAAGAUCUUUAAUGAGAUGAUCAGCUCCCUGGUGAAAAGGCGCUCGGAGGUGACGGAGAUGAUCAGAGUUCAGGAAAAAGCUGAUCUGAGUCGAGCUGAACAACCUAUAAAGCAUCUGGAGCAGGAGAUCACUGAUCUUCAGAGGAGAGUCAGUGAUCUGGAGCAGCUUUCACACACACCUGAUCACAUCCACUUCCUCCAGAGUUUCCCGUCUCUCUGUGUUUCUCCUGGAUGUGACGACUCACCCAGCUUCACUGUCAAUCAACAUCUCUCAUUUGAUGGAGUGAGGAAAUCUGUCUCAGAUCUGAAAAAACGAGUCGAGGAGAUCUGUCAGGAGGAUUUCAACAAAAUCCGUCCACAAGCUGCAGCAGUUCUGAUGAUUUUCACAGAACCAAAGAGCAGAGCAGAUUUUCUGCAGUAUUUCUGUUAUCUGACUCUGGAUCCCAACACAGCACAUCCUCAACUCAUUCUGUCUGAGAAGAACAGAGUCGUGAGAUGCAGUGAGAAAAAGCAGCGAUACUCUGAUCAUCCAGAGAGAUUUGACUUCUGGGUUCAGUUGUUGUGUAAAGAGAGUGUGUGUGGACGCUGUUACUGGGAGGUGGAGUGGAAAAGUGGUGUUGUGUUUCUAUCAGUCUCAUAUAAAGAGAUCAGCAGGAAAGGAGAAGGUGAUGAGUGUGGGUUUGGAUUCAACAGUCAGUCCUGGAGUCUGGAGUGUUCUUCUUCCUCUGUCUCUUUCUGGCACAACAACAUUAAGACUGAGCUGCGAGGUCCAGCGUCCUCCAGAAUAGGAGUGUAUGUGGAUCACAGUGCAGGAACUCUGUCCUUCUACAGCGUCUCCGAUACAAUGAGGCUCCUCCACAGAGUCCACACCACAUUCACUCAACCUCUAUAUGCUGGAUUGUUUGUAGGGUCUUACUCACUUGUGAAAUUAUGUGAUGCAAAGUGAAAAGUAUGUGUAAUAUAUAAAAAUAAAUUAUAGAGGAGUCAAAUUUUAUUUCUCCAUGAACUGUAACAGUAAUUCUCUAUGCAAAAUCUAUAAUACUAAUGAAUGAGUUUUAUAGAAUUUUUAGUUUUUUGUCAAACAUAAUGUUUACUUUAUAAACUAUUAGGAGAUUUGUUAUACUGAGAUUUAUCAUAAUGAGAUUUGUUAUGCUGAAAUGAACAAAGUUAGUUUGACUUAAGUUUUGGUCACUAUAAAUAUGUAUAUCUCCUUAUAUUUAUAUAUCUGCACCUAGCAAUACUACAAGACAUACAAAUAAUAUUUACAUUUCAAUAAAUAACUGUGUCCUAACCUCAUCCUAAACACUCACCCUUAUCCACAUAUUCUUCUAUGUUUUAGUGUACAACAACAUUCCUUAUAUAUCUGGGAACAGAGGAGGUCAUUUGAUGGAGUUUUGAGAGAGAAAUUUUGUCUCAUUUGUGUUUGAUACAGGAUUGAAGCUGCUUAACAGUCCUGAGUCUUCUUUCUCAUAUUAUUCUUUCCCUGAUGCCCUGAAAUUCUGAUUUUCACCCUUGUCGUUUGUUCUUUUUUGAAUUUCUCCAAAUUCUUUGAAUCUUUUAAUGAUGAUCACACUAUAGAUAAGGGAUAUUUAAAGUCUUUUUAAUCUGAUGUUGAGGAACAUUAUUCUGAAAUUCCACAGUUUUUCACAGCCUGGUGAGAAUCUUCCCAUCUGUGCUUCUAACUCAGAUUCUCUGAGAUCUUUUCCUAACCAAUCACUUUACUGACCUGUUGCCAAUUAACCUAAUGAGUUGCAAAAUGUUUCUUUAGAGGUUUAUUUUUUAGCAAUACUUACUAUUCCAGCCUUUUGUCACACUAUCCUAACUUUUUGAGAUGUAUGGCGACCAUCAAAUUUAACAUUAACCUAUGAAAUAAUGCACUGUCUCAGUUUAAAUAUUUGAUGUUUUCUAUGUUCUAUUGUAAAUAAAAUGAC